CUGAAUCCUGUCCAGGUGUUUGAUUUGACCAAGACAUCUCCAUUCAAAGCACUUCAACUGUGUGCUCUUCUUCCACCUAACUCGGCCAAAGUUCUGGUUUGUGGUGGAGAUGGCACUGUUGGUUGGGUCCUUGAUGCUGUGGAUGAGAUGAAGAUAAAGGGUCUCGAAAGUUUUGUUCCCCAGGUAGCAGUGUUACCUCUGGGAACUGGCAAUGAUCUGGCUAAUACUUUAGGAUGGGGGCCUGGCUAUGCUGGAGACGUGCCUGUAGAGCAGAUACUUCGCAAUAUUAUGGAAGCCGACAUAGUUAAGCUUGACAGGUGGAAAGUCCAGGUUACUAACAAGGGU